CAGAGCCUACUGUGAUUAAUGUUUUAUUUGUCAUUUUACAUUUUAUAAUUUAUAAAUUGCCACAAUAAUUAUUCAGUUUGACAAAAAAUUCAAUAGGAAAUUGAUGUCUGCGGUCAGGCAUGCUAAACUAGUGUUAAAAAGAAUUAGAGUAAAAACGUGGUCAAUAAUUUUGCUUUGAAUAGCACGAAGCACGCAGAUUUAGUAGAAAAGUAUUUUAUUGGCUCGAUCAUGAUCAAAGUAGUUUGCUUCUAAAUUUAGCCAACUUAGAGAAACGUAUUCACAUACUAGUUUGCUUCCAAAUUCGAAUUACCCAGAGAGUAUUUCGAAUGGUGAGUUCUCAUGUAGUAUUUCAUCAUUAAAAAAACAUAUGUAUUACUAAAGAGAAAAUAAGAAUCCCUCUCUCAAAUUAGCAAUUGUGAGUUAUAUAGUUGGUUCAUAUUAUUUAUCAUUUAAUUUUAUAAAGUAAUUAUAAUUGUUAGAUACUUUUUUCAGAGUAAUGUAGAUGUUCUAAGUAUAAAAUAAAAUAAAAAAACUAAAGAAUGUAACAAGAAUGAAAUGAGAGUUAUAGAAAAAAAUAAAAAUAAAUAUUGGAAAAGACAAGUAAAGUCAACUUGCGUGUUCACACUCGUACCACAUGGUUCUGUCUCACCUCAAAAUCCGUCAAGAUUUUCUAUUUAUGAACCAAAAGGAAAGGUAUCUUCUCCUCCAAUCCAAAGCAGAUACCUUUUCCCGAAGCAACCUCACAACAACGUGAUCAAUGAAAGCCGCCGUUUUCCGCAACGAAGCCGGAGACGAGGAAGAAGAAGAAGAAUCAGUCUGUAACGUCUUCGACGGCGAUGUAGAAACGACGUCGUCCCACGACACCAAAAACAACCUCAAGGGCUUUUUCACUUCCUUGCUCUUGAUGGAGGAGCACGAGAAGCAAGACCAGGAAGCUCGCACCGUCGCUUCCCGCCGCGAAUUGUCCGAGUUCCAGUCUAAUUACCGGAAAAGAGCAAGAACCAUGUCGGAAUACUACUCCGAUCUCAACGCUCACUACGAGGAAAACGGAGAUAUCAAAACAAAGAAGCCACGCGCCUCACGCGCUUCACGCGCCGUCGCUUGCGUGUCUGCCGCUGCGACAGAGUGUUUUGAGUUAGAGGGCGAGAGCAGCGAGAUAACCGGGUCCGGUUCGGCCGGUACGGGUCAGCAGAGGCGGUUAUGGGUUAAGGACCGGAGCAGAGCGUGGUGGGAAGAGUGUAACCGUUUCGACUACCCGGAAGAGGACUUCAAAAGAGCGUUUCGAAUGUCCAAAUCCACGUUUGAGCUAAUCUGCGAGGAGCUGAACGCAGCGGUCGCGAAAGAAGACACCGCGUUACGAAACGCGAUUCCCGUGCGGCAGCGAGUCGCGGUUUGCAUAUGGAGGUUAGCUACUGGAGAGCCUCUCCGUCUCGUCUCCAAGAAGUUCGGUUUAGGAAUCUCGACUUGUCACAAGCUUGUUCUCGAGGUAUGCAAAGCGAUUAAAGAUGUUUUGAUGCCUAAGUAUCUUCAGUGGCCUGAUGAUGAGUCUUUGAGAAGCAUUAGAGAGACGUACGAGUCCAUGUCUGGUAUACCAAACGUUGUUGGGUCUAUGUACACUACUCAUGUACCCAUCAUAGCUCCUAAGAUUAGUGUCGCUGCUUAUUUUAAUAAAAGACAUACUGAGAGGAACCAGAAGACUUCUUACUCCAUCACAAUCCAAGCGGUUGUGAACCCGAGGGGUGUCUUUACGGACUUGUGUAUCGGAUGGCCCGGGUCGAUGUCUGAUGAUAAGGUGUUGGAGAAGUCGUUGUUGUAUCAAAGAGCUAACAGCGGAGGUCUUUUGAAAGGGUUGUGGGUCGCUGGUGGGGUUGGUCACCCGUUGUUGGACUGGGUUUUGGUUCCGUACACGCAGCAUAACUUGACGUGGACGCAGCACGCGUUUAACGAGAAGAUGAGUGAGGUCCAGAGAGUGGCUAAAGAAGCGUUUGGGAGGUUGAAAGGAAGGUGGGCGUGUCUGCAGAAGAGGACUGAAGUGAAGCUUCAGGAUUUGCCUACGGUUUUGGGUGCGUGCUGUGUGCUUCAUAACAUAUGUGAGAUGAGAGGGGAGAAGAUGGAGAGGGAGCUGGUGGUUGAAGUGGUUGAUGAUGAGGUUUUGCCUGAAAACGGAUUGAGAUCGGUUACUGCAAUGAAGGCAAGAGAUGCUAUCUCGCAUAAUCUAUUGCAUCAUGGACUCGCUGGUACUUCUUUCUUAUGAAAAGAGGACUGUGGAAAUGUUAUUUUGGUGUCUCCUCGUAUAAGAUAUAAGAUUAAACUCACUUUGAUUCUUUUGUUUAUGCAUAUUGGAUUGUACCUUUAGAUCACAGGUGCUAUAUGAAGCAGGUAGAAGAUACAAAAUAUACAUACUAUAUAAGCAAGAAUGUGUAAUAGCUGAAUGGGAUAUUACUAUGGUAGUGUGGAAUGUGAGUUGAACCACCAAGGUGUUUUUUGCCUUUUCUGUUAUAGUGAUUCAAAUAACGACAUGAUUUGAUGAUA